UUGCCAAUCAGUUUUAGGGUGAUCGUUGGCGCACCGCUUGAUGAUAAAUCUGGCUCAAUUUUUUGGUGCACAUACGAUCGCAGUCAGUGUCGGCGUGUAAAUUUUGAUAUUCAUAAAUCAGCCCGUUUUUCUUAUGCGGUUCUUAACAAUGAGCUGUUUGGGUUCUCAUUAUCAACUCUACCAAAAGAACAGAAUCGGUUGGCGAUUGCCUGUUCACCAAGGUUAUCUUAUGAAGUAACAGGGAAGCUGUUCGUUACUGGUGGAUGUUUUGCAUUUAACAAUGCCUUGGAUAAUUCCUCUUUUUUGGGGGCAUCAACUUGUCUGAAUAUCCCGGAAGCGUCCCGUUCAAUUGAUCUUCGAUUCUGUUUGGAUGGCGCAUCAGCAGCAUACGUCCAUAACUCUAACACCGACAUAAUUGUGUCUGGCAGUCCUUACUACCAAUUCGCUAAGGGAAUUGGGCUUGUGAACAAUGUUACGGAAUUUAAUCCAGUGCGAAAAACGGAUAUAGCCCAUGUAGGUGACUACAGUCUGUUAGGGGUCCCUCAAACAGAGAAUAAUGAAGGAUCUGGGUUCGUUACAUUGAAUGUCAUCGAAAGGAGCACCAAUCAGAUCGUAAUCCCACAAGCUAAGGUUCUUCAUGGAAAUCGAUUUGGUUCUCGAUUUGGUCAUGCCUUGGCCUUGAUCGAUUUGGAUAGUGACGGGUGGGAUGACCUUGUGGUGGGGGCGCCGUUCGAACAGUUGCCUGGUGUAAAUGCGGCUCCCCAGCAGGACCUGGACAUACAGAGUGUGCAUAAUGCUCCGGUUUUGGGGUGCAUCUAUGUCUUCUGGAAUCAAAGACGCCGCCUCCCUAGCGUUACUGCCUUUGACUUCACCAGUGUGCAAACCAUUUGGCCACCUACAAGUCUCUCCUCCAAGAGCGGUUUUGGCAGUUCCAUCACUAGCCUUGGAGACAUCAACCACGAUGGAGUUGAUGAUUUUGCAGUUGGAGCUCCCUAUGACGAAGGUGGCGGUGCAGUUAUCAUUUACCACGGCUCCAAAUCCAGACGCAUCAACGGUCCUACGCAGAUUCUCAAUGCCGCCGAAUUGUCAGAAGCCAUGAAAGGGUUUGGCUUUUCCCUUAGCGCAGGUGGACUGGACUUAGACAACAAUGGCUAUCCCGAUUUGGCUGUGGGAGCUCCCGAUUCCGACACAAUUGCUGUCUUUCGGGCUCGGCCUGUCAUUAAAGUAAAGAUUUUCGUACUUCGAGAGAAUGGAUUGAGUCACGUGCGUGAAAGGUUGGACUCACUGGAGGAGUGUACAAGGGAUACACAGAUUCUGCCCGGGUACUGGGCUCCUCGCGUGCACUGCAUGAAUAUGAGGGUCCUCGCCACCUUCACUCACCUCGACCGGAUAUCCUGUACACAAAGGACGAUUCCUGUGCGUCUGUUGUUGAGCAUCAACCCGCCAGAGCACUGGUUGAAUGAGGAAUUCAUGAACACAACCCUAUCAAAUACGGAGAUCCCAGUAGCGAGUUUCUUCGGAGAGCGGCUGCUGAAAGUGGAUGAUCCAGAGGUGCGCCUCUUCUACCAGCGUAUGAACAAAACAGCAACACCACCUGCUGGCUCGGACGAGAUGUUGCCUUUUCUCUUUCUCAAUUCCUUAACAGCCUACUGCCGCGAUCACAGUGCUGCCGACAAACCUCUCAGUCCCGCCGAACUCAUCCGUGCAACUCCUGUCCGGCUGGCCUUCCGCGACGUCGAUUUGGUGGACCUCACCUCCCCCAUUCGGAUUGGCGUAAAGUGGCUGUUGGAUGCUUCGUCGCCAUCUUCCUCCUUCGAUGAGCUCAAAAACCAUCCCAUUAGUGAUCCAAUGGAGAAUACCGGCCAAGCCAUGAUCACAUUUGGUAACGAGUGCGAGUCCCGAAAAUGCAAUCCAAUCCUGCUCCCGCAGUUUGAGUACUCAGUUAACAGAGACAAGGACGGACCAGUAGUUUUUGUCGGUGACGAUGAAUUCCAGUCGAUCGAAGUAAAAGCCACUGUGACCAAUAGAGGCAGGGAUCCAAGCUAUGCAACUAGUAUUUACACCUCUUACCCUGAGGAAUUGCUCGAUCUCAGCACCGAUUCACACAAACAGUAUCAACGUGCAACUAUUGUGAGACCGGGCUUGGCUCUCUGUCACUUUGGCAACCCUUUGCCCGUUGGCCGAGGUGCCACCUGCCUCCUUCGCUUCAAAGUGCUCGGUCAGCAGCUGAUGGAAGCACCAAAGAACUUCACAAUCAACAGCACCAUCACCUCAAGCCCAAAGUUUCCUCCAAAUAUGCUGGCACCUGCCACUGAUUCCAUCACAGUAAAAGUAAAAAUGAGGGUCAACGUUUCAGUUACGGGUGAAAUACUGCCGGAUGCUGCCUACUACUCAGGGAACGUGACCGAUGGAAUUCUCAUUAAUAACGGAGAAAAUAAAAUAGGAUCGACACGCCUCCUUAUUCGAGUUCGGGUUCAAAAUUUGCGGAAACACAGUCUGGUGCCGAAUUCGCGGCUUGUAAUUGACUGGCCUUACGAAACUGCCGACAUUAUAACUGAACCGAACGGGAAACUCUUAUUCUACCUUCUUGAAAAGCCUUACAUAACUAAAACUGACCUACCAACAGCCUCCAACAUGACUGUAGUGUGCGACUCAAGAGCUCUGGAUAGGCUUGUGAAUCCUUAUAACUACCGGGUGUUCAAGUCUUUAGUGCCUCAGCCCCGAGGCGAUCCAGUAACCACUGCCCCAGUUGACCCGCCAUCAAGCCAUCCUGUAGAAUACCCCCCACUUAAACCCAACCUGGAAAUAAAACAAAUGCCCGACCAGGGCAACGUGAGACGAGUCAGCACAACUCUGGUAAGAUACCACCUCUGGAUACAGUCAAUGCGCACAUUAAUGCUUUUCAGAGCUGCUAUAACGGUCAAUUACGCUGUGUACCGAUUCAUGCUCAGUAGCAAAUGUUAUGCCUCAGUGCAGUGUCAAUUUACUUUCACCACCAACUCCAUUCAGAUUGAGCUAAAAAUAUUCAACGACAUGGAGCCCGAACCCGUCUACCCGAAGAAUAUGCCACUUUAUAUUGGUCUGGCCGUUUUCGCAGGUCUCUUACUUCUCGCCAUACUUAUCAUAAUCCUUUGGAAGGCGAAGUUCUUCGAAAGGAAAAAGUUCAAGCAGCGAUUCCAACGAACAAAACCACCAUCCGAAGGCCCAAAGUCGGACACACCUGAAGGACGGCAAUUCAGUAUCUCCAACCCGCCGCCACGGCAACCCUCACUCCACUCACCUCCCAUCUCGGCCUAUGGAAACAUGAAUACCUAA